UCAAUUUCCAUUCCUCCCUUUGUGAUUAGGAGAAGGCAUGCUUGCAUGGUCUCACCUUUUGUUACCCAAAACAUAAAGUGAGCUCAGAUAAAAACCAUUUACUUUUGCUGCUAGCAAGGAGAUUAUUGACUUAAAUGUGCACUCUCUUUCAUCUUCUUGUACACAAUUGUACCUGUUGAUCAAUAUUCUUUGGGAAUGAGUCCUUUUUGAAUGCAUCUUGUCUGGAAAGUAUUCCUUGGUUGUCUGUCCCUACAUCCUUGGUGUUAAUUCAUGGCAUUUUUCUUCUUCAAGACAUUUGAAGGAAAUGACCUGAACAGCUAGAGCAAGUACAGACUAUAUGAAUGGACUAUCUAAAGGAUGAAUUCUCUAUUGUUAGAAAUAUCAGUUUUUCUCUGCACCUUUGUGGCUUGUCAUGGGGUGGACAAGGCAUCUCUGCCCAACAUAGUCAUUCUCUUUGCUGAUGACCUUGGAUAUGGAGACCUAGAAGUCUACGGACAUCCGACGUCGUCAACUCCAAACCUCAACAGACUAGCAGAAGGAGGGCUUGUCUUUACCCAGUUCUAUGCAGGUGCUCCUGUCUGUAGCCCUUCCAGGGCAGCUUUGUUGACUGGUCGUUAUGCAGUACGUUCAGGAAUCUACCCUGGAGUUCUAUACCCAGUCAGUACUGGUGGCCUACCCCAUGAUGAAACAACCAUCGCUGAGAUCGUCAAGACCAAAGGCUACAGCACAUCCAUGAUCGGAAAGUGGCAUCUAGGUGUUGGGGAGAAUGGUAUUUAUCUACCAACCAACCAAGGUUUUGAUGAAUAUCUUGGAGUGCCUUACUCACAUGACAUGUGCCCUUGCUACAACUGCUUCUACCCAAAUGAUCCAUGUUGGAGCACCUGUGACUUAAACUUCACCUACUGUCCUUUGUUCCUAAACUCUGACAUUCUGGAGCAACCUGUCGAUCUGACAACCUUGGAUGCAAAGUAUGUCCAACAAGCUAAAACGGUCAUCAAGAGAAACGCCCGAGCAGGCACUCCAUUUUUCCUGUACUAUGCAUUCCAGCAUACUCACACUCCACAGUUUGCAAGUAAGAAGUUCCGCAAUGCAACGGCCAGAGGAACUUAUGGAGACUCACUUGCAGAGCUGGAUUGGUGUGUUGGUCAAGUGAUGGAACAACUCAAGUUGAGUGGAGUCCUUGAUAACACUCUUGUCCUCUUUACAUCUGAUAAUGGACCCAGCUUGCAAAGUGAGAAGAGAGGCGGGGAUGCUGGACUCCUCAAGUGCGGGAAGGGCACCACGUACGAGGGUGGACAGAGGGUACCAGCUAUCGCUUACUGGCCCCAACACAUCGCUCCAGGUCGCACUACUGCACUGGCUAGCAAUUUGGACUUUCUACCUACCAUUGCCAAUCUUGUUGGUGCAGAUCUGCCUUCAGUAACUCUAGAUGGAGUAGACAUGGCACCUAUUCUCUUUGAGGGCAAGAAGGGUACAAGGGAUACAUUCUUCUACUACUACUUUUACCCCUUUCAGAAGAUUGGAAUCUACGCUGUCCGAUACAAUCAAUACAAGGCACACUACUACACCCAGGGUGCUCCCCAGUCAAAUAACAACCAUGACAAGGAUUGUCGGCCUUCACAGUACCCUACCAAACAUAGUCCCCCACUGCUCUACGACCUUAACGUUGACCCUGGUGAGAAAUACAGCCUUCCUCCAAGGGAGUAUCGUGACAUUCUGGUCAAGAUUAAUGAGAUCAAAACACAGUUUGAGGGUACAAUGAUCUGGGGCGAUUCCCAGGUAAAUAAGACGCCAAGUCAAGAUGUGGAACCGUGUUGUAAGAAGGACUGUAUUCCAUUCCCAGAUUGUUGCCAAUGUCAUCAGCGUUCAUGGUCAUCAUCGCUCUUAUUAUCAACCCAUGGCAAUAGAGAUGAUGCCAAAUUAAGAUGGACCAUGGACUGAUUUCACACUAUUUCUGUGACUGAUAAUCUGGCUUGGGUGUCCCAACUGAAUAUUUUAUAUAAUCUACUCACAUGUCAUAAGGACCAAGGUGUAGAAUCCCAUUCAGAGUAUCAAAGCUUUAUACCCUUUUCAUAAACCCAUCCUCCAAUUCGCCGCCUAAGAGUAAUGCGGAUAAUUCAAUAAAAAUUGCGUU